AUGGGCUCUGGAGCAAUGGCGAAAGAGCUCAAGGAAAAGCUGGAGGGCUGUUCCGCAGACGAGGUUGACCGCGUCGUCGGGGACCUUUCCCCAGACACCCUGGAUGUCCUGGCGGCCGCGCUCGCGAAGCGCCAGGCCGCUGCAAAGAGUCGAGAGGAGGAGGCCUUCCAAAAGCAAGUGGCCUCCAAACUCGCGUCUGUGACGAAGGGGUCGGAUUCCGACCACUUCUUUCAUGGCCUCACUUGCGCGCUGACUGCCACGCUGCAGAAGCAGUACGCCACGCACAUUGCAGAGGCUACCUCUGCGAUCCAGCGUGCGCACGACGAGUCCCUGGAGAAGGAGCGGACAGCCUUUCGAAGCGAUCUGCUCUCCCUGGCCGAGCGCGUGGCUCCCAAGCCAGGAGACGUGGGCGCCACCAACGAGACAGCGACAGAUGCGGAUCGCGUCUUUCUGGAAGCAGCGCAACUCCAGCAGCAGGUCUCUGCUGUUUCUGCUGUCUCGAACCCUCACCUGGAUGGAGCAGAAGUUCCAUACACCCAGGCCAUCGCGCAGAUGCUGCGCGAGGUGGUUUCUGGCGCAAGACAUUUGGAGGAGUACGGAAAGCAGCGGCUGGCAGCGCUCACUUGCGAGUUGUGCCCAAAGGGCCUCACCGGGAAAGGAUAUCCUGUCACGGUGCGUCCGGCCGUUGAUACGGUCCAGACUGUGAAACAUGCAAUCCGGGCCAAAUACGAUUGCCAAAGUUGCAUCGUCAAGCUGUGCACCACGACGGACGGCAUGGUAGAGAUGAAGGAUUCACAUCUUCUGAUGGACUACAGCCUCGUUGAUGACAUCACCUUGAUCAUGGUGGACAGUCUGGUUGCAAACCCAUUGGUUCGCUUGUCCUUCGACGAUCCGGAGAAUCUGGGCUACGAAGCCAUCAGCGGCUCCACAGGUACUUUCCAGAACCCUGAGGAGGUCACCGCUGUGAACUCUGGUGGCAAGCGCGGUGUCAACUUCGACGGACGUGGCUGCUUGCUCCUUCCACAGGCUGUGCAGCUUGGAUCGGAGUGGACGAUCUCUGUGUGGACUCUGGCGCCCAUCGACGUGGCCGCGCGAACUUAUCGGGAUCUCAUAGAUUCACCGAACUCGCAAGAGCUCAUUGCCGUGAUUCUCGCCCGAGGACGACUUGGGAACUACAACAGCAACUCCUUCGUGGAGGGCUUCAACGCCCGUGAGUUAGCCGACGGCUGGCAUCACAUCGCUGUCGUGGGCCGCAGCCGGCGGACCUCGUACUACGUCGACGGCUUGAGGAUCGGUUCGAAGCGGUCGCAGGCACGAGGGACCAUCGGCGUGGUGGGGAACAGCCGCGGCUGCAGAGAAGCCUGGGGCGUGAUGUCGGACUUUCAGAUGUUCGCCGUCGCUGCAGACGAAAACCAGAUAAAGGGGCUCUACCAGUCCGGAGGCAAGAAGCUGUGGGGUUCCGUGUUGUUAUGUUCUUACUUAGCCAAUUGGAGAACUUUAAACUUUUUUGCUUUAUGUAGUUGGUCUAUCUUACAAAGUCUGAACUUGUUUGGGGCCUGGUUAUUGGAGAAGAGAGUGUUGCUACCCUGUUUUAAACUGAGGUUGUAA